GGGAAUUGGGUUGUCUGAUCUGAGUGGGUGCAACUGCAACCGCAACCGCAACCGCAAUCGAUCUUUUUUCUUUAUUUUUCUUUCUUUCUGUGUGGUGCUGCUGCUAUCAGCUCCAAUGAUUGGUUGGUGAGCUUUUCUUGGCUUUUGAGUGCGGCGAUAGGUAUGUGGCUAGCUGGUCUCUCUGAAUUGCGAGGGCUUCUUCUUGGUGUUUCUGUCCGGGUUCUUCAGUUCAGGAGCUGGGAGAGAUUGGGAGCCCUGGCUGUGGAUUUUAGUGCAGCCUGGAGUUUGUUUUCUUGAGGAACUGAAGGUAUUGGGGGGUUUUGGCCGCAAGUUCUUGGUUCCCCUGUUUUUGUUGCCUGAAGAAAUUAUCCCCUCUUCACCUCUUUGCUACCAGUGGAGCUGGCUUUGGAGCUUGGUUACAGUGGGAAUUCCUUCCAUCUUUGCUUGCUGAUCCUUGAAUCUUUGUUUCAUUGGAUGCCUUGAUGAAACCCAUGCUAGUAAAAUCCCUGCUCUUAUUUUCUUCUCUUGUUUUGCUGUAUCUUGUAGUGCAGCAUUUAUCUGUGCAAGGGAACUCUGAGCUCUUGUCAUCAGAAUUUUAAGCUAUUAUAUUCAUCUUUUGCGUGUGACAACUGACAACAAGGCUGUGCCUUGGACAUUGCUCCUGGUUCACCACUCCCACCUCUUUCAUAUCAUCAAAAACUACUUAAAAAUCCGAGCUGCAAACAACUGGGAAAAGGAGUUUCUAUCUAGCCAGCCAUCUGAUGCCAUUUCACUCAUCUCUUCUUGCAGAAUCAUCCCGAAUCAUCGGUGCACGCCCGUAUCUUCGGUGGUUGCUGCUGAGCUGGUGAAGGAGCCCCGAGGAGUCCUGCGCACGCCUCAGCCGUCAAUAAUUGAUCAGACAAGGCAGGUCAAUUAGAAUCGUGAUUGAGUUGACUUCACAAGUGGCAUGCAGUUGCUUCAUAAGUGAGCAGUCAAAGUUGUGACAUGUCUAAUUAUUACUCGAGCCCGGGUGACGAAAGGGACCCGCAAACCAUGUACUCACCAGACACGGGAAACGCAUCAUAUCCCGUGCCGUCAGCCCUGGGGAUCUUGCUCUAUUCAAACAAUGCAUCUUCUGGACCAUAUACGGAAUUCAGUGGCAUUAUCCAGCCCCAGCAGAAUUUCAUGGAGCUGCAUGGCCAUCCUUCAGAACAUUCAUCAUCAAGGGAACCUCCUAACAUGGUCACCUCGCUUACAGAGCAAAGCUCCUUUGCUCCUGUCAAAGAUAUGAGGAAUGAGAUGUUAAUGCAUUUCAUGGAUGGUGCACAGAGUGGUGCUGGUGGUGGUGAUCUCAUCCACAAUGAUGCCCAUAGCAGUGCACAGCUUGAUUUCGGCUUGUUGAACAACCCCAGUUCGGCGAGUGUUCCAUCGGCACCAGGCCAAGGAUUGUCCCUGAGCCUCAACACGCAUAUCCUGGCACCUUCAUACCCAUACUGGUCCCCAAAGCCAGACUUGCUGACAACCCAAUCUUACCAGGGCGAUGAAAACAGAAUGAAGAAUAUGCAGUCGGAGGCCUCACGGGCAAUCAGGAAUUCGAAGUAUCUAAAGGCAGCACAAGAAUUGCUUGAUGAGAUUGUCAGUGUUUGGAAGAGUAUAAAGCAGAACGCGCAGAAAGACAAGGUUGAAGCAGGAAAAAUGGAUGGCAAAGAUGCCGAUGAGGUGUUGAAAAGUGAGGGGGUAUCUUCCAAUCCACAGGAGUCUACUGCCAAUGCGGAACCUGAGAUUUCUGCAGCUGAGAAACAAGAGCUCCAGAAUAAGAUGGCGAAACUUUUGGCCAUGCUGGAUGAGGUUGACCGAAAGUACAAGCAUUAUUUCCAUCAAAUGCAAAUUGUAGUGUCGUCUUUCGAUAUGAUUGCUGGGUCUGGAGCUGCCAAACCUUAUACUGCAGUUGCCCUUCAGACAAUAUCGCGGCACUUCCGAUGUCUGAAGGAUGCUAUCAACGACCAGGUUAAUGUUAUCCGAAAGAAACUGGGAGAGGAGGAUAGUUCAUCGGGCAGAGAGGGCAAGUUAACUCGCCUCCGUUACAUUGAUCAGCAGUUAAGGCAACAACGAGCUUUCCAACAGUAUGGUAUGUUACCGCAAAAUGCCUGGAGGCCACAGAGGGGACUGCCUGAAAACUCAGUUUCAAUUCUUCGUGCUUGGCUGUUUGAACACUUCCUUCACCCGUAUCCAAAAGAUUCAGAAAAGCUAAUGCUAGCGAGGCAAACUGGUUUAACAAGAAGUCAGAUUUCGAACUGGUUCAUCAAUGCCCGUGUCCGCCUAUGGAAACCGAUGAUCGAAGACAUGUAUAAAGAAGAGACCGGGGAGGCAGAGCUCGACUCAAACUCCUCCUCGGACAACUUACCAAGAAGCAAGGACAAAAUGGCGUCUUGUGAAGACAAGGAAGAUCUGAAAUGCUCCAUGAGCCAGGGCCAGGCUUACCAAACAAGUGAGUUCAAAGCCAACAUGGAGAUGGCGGGUCUCACCGGAGCGCCGCCCAGCUUCCACAGCGAGGCAAACUCCGACGACGGCUUCAUGAACCUGCUGCUGAAGGACCAAAGACCGGGCGAGGCGGACGGCGGUCUCCUCCAUGGCGACGAGAGCGCGCGGUUCAUGGCCUACCAUUUGGCGGAGCUCGGGGGAUACCAGAACAGCAACGUGUCGUUGACGCUAGGACUGCAGCACGCCGAGAACAGCCUCUCAGCUCCGAACGCUCACCGGCCAGGGUUCACGGCCGGCGGAGGGGAAGAGGAUAUCUACAACACCACCGGGGCUCAUCCCGGCGGUGGCGACGCCGUGGCCUCUUCGGACUACGAGCCGACGAACCAGCUGGAUCAACGGCAGCAGUUCGAGCCGUCGCCCCUGCUGCACGAUUUCGUGGCCUGAAUGAACUGAAACGCUCGCCGGUGAACAUUGGAGGGAGAUGAUGAUUAUUUUGUAAUUUGUAGGGCCAUGGUAAUAACGUGCCUGGAGAAGCAUGGAAAUUGUAGCUGUAGUUGCAUUUGGUAUAGAAGAGAGAGGGGGUAUAGCAUGAAAUGUAUUAUAAAUUUGUGGGGGUGGGGGUGGGGGUGGGGUAAAUAAUUUUUGUAAAGAUGAAUGGGAAUGGGUUAUACGUGUAAAAGGUUAUGACGGGAGACGCACCAUCCUGUAAAGAAGUUACGGUAACGAAUACUUCUGGACAGUUAUCUAUCGGGCAUAUGAGAGGUAAUAUCACCGGUGGUGCUUGAACU